CUCAUCUCUCUCGGGUUAGCUAGCUCAAUGACCACUCUAUCAUCAUCAUCAUCAUCUGCCCUCAUUUCUAUCAUCGUAGUACUACUACUGCUAGUAUUACCACCAGCCAUCUCGGCUUCUUCUCCAACGAUGACCAAUGGUCGCGCCGGCAGCGACACUGACCUUGCCGCGCUGCUGGCUUUCAAAGCCAAGGUCUCCGACCCAGGUGGCGUCUUGUCCGGCAACUGGACAGCUGGUACGUCCUUCUGCCACUGGGUUGGUGUCUCGUGCAGCCGGCGCAGGCAGCGCGUCACUGCUGUUGAGCUACCGGACGUUUCCCUAUAUGGAUCUCUUGCUCCUCAUCUUGGUAACCUCUCCUUCCUCUCUGUGCUAAACCUCAAUAAUACCAACCUCACCGGGUCAAUUCCCAACGAGAUUGGAAGACUGCAUCGCCUCAAGUUUUUAUAUCUUGGGUGCAAUAGCCUGUCAGGUAGCAUCCCUACUAGCAUAGGAAACCUAACAAGGCUUCAAGUUCUUGCCCUAUAUCUUAACCAUCUCUCUGGUUCAAUUCCGGCAGAGCUACAGAACCUACACAGUCUUGGCAAUUUGAAUCUCUUCGGGAAUUACCUUAGUGGCUCAAUACCAAGUAAUCUAUUCAACAAUACUUCUUUAUUAAGUUUUCUGAACUUUGGCAACAACAGCUUGACAGGGCCAAUACCAUAUAGCAUUGGCUCCUUGCAGAUCCUCGAGUUCUUUAGCGUACAAGCCAAUACUCUUACUGGACCGGUGCCUCCAGCAAUCUUCAACAUGUCUAAACUAUAUUUUAUCAGUUUCGCUUUAAACUACAACUUAACAGGUUCAAUCCCCAACAACCAAAGUUUUAGUCUCCCGGUGCUAGAAGAAAUCGAAAUCCAAGGUAAUAGUUUCACAGGUCAGAUUCCAUUGGGCUUUGCAUCUUGUCCAUACCUCCAAACUCUUUCCCUUGGCGAGAACUCAUUUGAAGGUGUUGUUCCAACAUGGUUGGCCAAACUGACUCAACUCAGCUUCCUAUUCCUCAAUGAUAACGACCUUGUCGGUACAAUACCUGUUGUACUUGGCAACAUGACUUCUCUAAGUGUUCUAGAACUGGGAUCAUGCAAUUUGAUCGGGCCCAUUCCGGUAGAAAUUGGACAGCUAGGUCAACUCUCAGUCUUGAUUAUUGGAUAUAAUCAACUAACUGGAUCCAUUCCAGCUUCUCUUGGUAACUUAUCUGAAUUAGCAUUCCUAGAAUUGGAAAAAAAUCUGUUGGUCGGACAGGUGCCUACAACAAUUGGAAACAUGCACUCUUUGGAGCAUUUUGAUAUUUCAAGAAAUCGCCUAAAGGGAGAUCUCAACUUCUUGUCCAUGUUUACAAAGUUUAGAAAGCUCCGGGUGCUUGCCAUCAAUUCGAAUAAUUUCACUGGUUGUAGCCUCCCUGACUAUGUAGGAAAUCUAUCGAGCCAGCUGCAAAUAUUUUUGGCGAGUGAAAUCAACUUAGUUGGGGAAAUUCCACCAACGAUUUCAAAUUUAACCGGUCUCACUACGAUAGAUCUUUCAAUAAACCAGUUGCACAGCGUAAUUCCACAAUCCAUCAUGAUGAUGGAGAAUCUACAGUGGCUUGAGCUCGAUACAAAUAACUUGUUUGGCCCCAUCCCAUCUCAGAUUACAAUGCUAAAAAAUCUAGAAGCUUUGGUCCUGUACGACAAUGAAUUCACUGGUUCCAUACCAGAUUACAUUGGUAACCUCAGCAGGUUAGAACACCUAGUGUUAUCUGGUAACCAGUUAUCAUCCACUAUACCACCAAGUUUGUUUCAUCUUGAUAGUCUCCUUCAGCUAGAUCUAUCUCAAAACCUUUUGAAUGGCACAUUGCCAGUUGACAUAGGCUAUUUGAAACAAAUUAAUCACAUUGAUAUCUCUACCAACCAUUUGGUCGGUAGCCUCCCAGAUUCAAUUGGACAACUCCAAAUGAUAUCCUUCUUUAACAUAUCACACAAUUCGUUUGGUAAUUCGAUUCCUAACUCUUUUGCCAAACUAACCAGCUUGCAAACUUUGGACUUAUCCCAUAACCACAUCUCUGGUACCAUCCCAAAGUACCUAGCCAAUUUUACUAUCCUCACAAGUCUGAACCUCUCUUACAAUAACCUACAAGGACAGAUACCCGAAGGAGGUGUUUUCUCAAACAUCAGCCUGCAAUCCUUGAUGGGGAACUCGGGGCUAUGUGGUGCUUCAGCUUUUGGAUUUUCACGGUGUCCACGUAACACUACCCAAGGAAAAAGCGACCACAUGCUGAAAAUUUUGCUCCCUACAGUCAUCGUAGUAACUGGAGUUGUGGCUUUAUGCAUAUAUGCAAUGAUCAAAAAGAAAAUUAAGAGGCAUCAAGGGAUGACAGUGUCUGCUGGCAUGGUUAGCCAUCAGUUGGUCUCCUACCAUGACCUUGUUCGUGCCACUCAAAAUUUUAGCGAGAGCAACUUGUUGGGGUCUGGAAGCUUUGGAAAAGUUUUUAAGGGCCAACUAAGCAAUGGUGUGGUGGUUGCAAUAAAGGUUCUUGACAUGCAGUUGGAACAAGCCAUUAGAAGCUUCGAUGCCGAGUGUGGUGUGCUACGCAUGAUGCGCCACCGCAACUUGAUAAAGAUUCUCAACACCUGCUCCAACCUUGAUUUCAGAGCGUUGGUGCUGCCAUACAUGCCCAAUGGCAGCUUAGAAAUGCUCCUUCACUACUCUGGAGGCACAAGGAACUUGGGGUUCCUUGAGAGGUUGGGCAUCUUGCUCGACGUGUCCAUGGCAAUGGAGUAUCUGCACCAUGAGCACCACCAGGUGAUCUUGCACUGUGACCUGAAGCCAAGCAAUGUGUUGUUCGACAAGGACAUGACGGCACAUGUUGUAGACUUUGGCAUCGCAAGGCUGUUACUUGGUGAUAAUAGCUCCGUGAUUUAUUCGAGCAUGCCCGGAACUGUUGGCUACAUGGCACCAGAGUAUGGGUCCAUUGGAAGAGCAUCGAGAAAGAGCGAUGUCUUCAGCUACGGAAUCAUGCUACUUGAAGUCUUGACUGGAAGGAGACCCACAGAUGCAUUUUUUGUUGGAGAUCUCAGCCUCAGAAAGUGGGUGCUUGAGGCGUUUCCUAGGGAGGUUGUCAAUGUCGUGGAUGACCAGUUACUAUGUGGCUCUUCUUCGAGUGUCAGCUUGGAAGGCUUUCUUGUGCCGGUGUUUGAGCUGGGCUUGCUCUGCUCCAGCGACUCGCUUGACGAGAGGAUGACAAUGAGCGACAUUGUUGUGAGGUUGAAGAAGAUUAAAGUGGAGUACACCAAAGGGACAACAUGAGCAUAGAGCAGCAAGGAGCGCCGCCCCAUGAGUGAAUUGUCAGGAAAAAAAAAAGGAACAUCAGUGGGCAUGCACCGAGCGUUGUCCCCCGACGCGUCUUGUGUCGGUGCUGCCGUUUCUGUUGAAAUUAUUAGUACUUGUAAUAACCUUGCCUUAGUUUCAAAACGGUUCUUUAAUUGAGUUGUCAUAAUGUGGGCGUAGGCUAUGUGUAUAAGCCAUGCUCCCUCCACACUCUAUCCUGUCAUGCUGGACUGCAACUUGUGAUAAGCAGACAGAGACAGGUGAUAGGGGCAUCACCUUCGUUGCUUUUUUUCCGAAAAGGGGAUGCCCCGGCC